AUGUCGUCCUUCUCGGCCCCCCCGCGAAGGCCUCGCCUCGUGGCCCAGAACCGCAAGCUUCGUCAUCUCCAAGGCCUCUCCCUGCGUAACCUCUGCUUCGAGAGCCUGCAAGCUGCCGACGACGCCUCGCUGUCCUCGCUGUCCCCGCUGUCCCCCAACAGCAAGCUCGAGGCGUUGCCCGAGACGAGAUCGCAGUCGUCCGCCUCCUCCCCCGACCGCCAUGGCACGACGCGCAUCGACAAGGGCAGAACCCCGACGCGUAGGAGGAGCAGCCUCAGCUGGAGCUACGAGAACCCCGCCUCCCGUCAGAGGAAGCUCGAGGAGCUCAUCGACAGCUCCGUAGCCGACGUCUUCUUCUCCCUGCACGUGGCCGGUGACCCGGAGCCAGUCUACGUCAGCGAGGUGCGCGAGAGGUCUGCUAACUUCGACUUCCGCUUCUUCACCCUCGCCGAGCUCGAUCCUUGGGCCUCCCGCGCCUGCGUCGUCACCAUCCGCGUCUGGUUCAGGCGCGCCAGCCGGGACCGGAAUCGGAACCGGCACGAGCAGGAGGCUGUCUGGGCCUUUCUUCUCGAGCAGGUCGUCGACCUUCGCGAGCUCAACUUCAUCGGCACCCUCGUCGACAGGCGGUUCCCCCCCAACGCCCUCGUCUUCCACCUCGACGACGGCCUCUACUCCCUCGACUUCGCCACCCGUGCCGCCGAGCCGAGGCAGGCGCCUGCGAGCGUCACCUCGUCCUACAACGCCUUGAUGAAGCUCGCCCAUCUCGAGGCUGCCAUACGAGACGCCGUCGAGACGAGGCAGCGGAUCACGGAGCAGAUCAACGCCAUACUCGCCGAGUCACCCGUCGAUGCGACCGAGGCCGCCGCCGAGGAGGCCGCUCUGGCCGACAAGUACGUCGCCAGUCAGCGGCGGACGAACCGUCUGGUCGAAAAACGCCGCGACGACCUUCGCGAGUCUCUACGGAGCCGACGUGCCGCCAUCGUACAGGGGCGGGAGGCGCAGGCGAGAGCCGAGGAGGACAUUGCCAACAACACCGAGGUGCUCGAGUCUUCGAGGCAGCUCGCGGCCCAGGCGGCGCGCCAAAUUCGCGGCCAGCGCCGCCGCAUCUGUGCCGAGCUGUCCGAGAUAUUUCCCCUCACGGCCAUCGACGACGCGCCGCCGCUGUCGUUUCGGAUAUGCAACCUGCCGCUGCCCAAUUCCACGUACGACGCCGCCAUCGCCCGCACCCUCGGCGAGGAUGCCCUCUCGGCCGCCCUCGGCCUCGCCGCCCUCCUCGUGCGCAACCUGCAGUUCUACCUCUCCCACCCUCUGCUCUACCCGCUGCAAGCCCACGGAUCCCGCUCCUGUGUCCGCGACGACAUCUCUCACGUGCCUGGCAACAAGCAGGCCCGCCGCGAGUUUCCCCUCCAUCUACCUCGCGGCGGCUCCACCACCGGCCAGUGGCGGUUCGAGUACGCCUGGUUUCUCCUGAACAAGAACGUCGAGACCCUCUGCGCCUCCCAAGGGCUCAAGGUCGUCGACAUACGCCACACGCUUCCGAACCUCAAAUACCUCCUCUACGUCUGCAGCGCCGGCACCGACGAGGUUCCCGAGCGCACCAAGGGCGGCGUCCGGGGCCUCUGGCUUGGCCGGCUGAACGGACGGCUGCCGGAGGUCACCGUCUCCGCCGCCGUUCCAUCCACCGUCCCCUCCGCGACCCCUGCUGUCCUUUCCGCCGUCCCCUUCGCCACCUUGGUUCCCGCCGAUGCCGAGAGCAGCAGCAGUGCCGCGGGGAGCCGUCGCGCCAGCCUGGAUGACGCCGACGCGCCUACGAAAACGAACGGACGGCUUGCCCGCUGGGGGGGACGUGCCGACGGUGGUACCCUCCUGGACGAGUCGUUCACUCUCAGAACAAAGGGCCUGCGGGAAAACAUUGCGGGCAUCUGA